GAGCGACAUGAAAAACAACAUGCGUUUGCCAUAAAGAAACUGACCGGAACACUGUUGGCGAUAUACCUAGAUGGUAAUAAUCCCCGUUACUAUCCACUAGCCUACUGCUCAAAAAUUAAAUUCGGUAAUCAAUUAUACGAGUUCUUCUCAUCGGUAGCAUGUCAUCCGCGAAGGUUAUUAAGCAUAAAGCUGUCGAAACUAAAACAAGGCCGGCUCAAACGAAAACAAGGACGGUGGAAACUAAACCGAAAUCAUACACGAAUCCUAGUAAAAAGAGGGCAGCGAGUUGCCCAAGAUGUAACCAUAGCAACGAAUGUGAAGCCACGAAGACGUCUGCUGCCGACCGUGGGACUAAAACUAAAAACCAAACGAAACCCAAACAGACUAAUGUUACUGCUUCACCAAAACUGCAGCACACCGCCUCGGAUCAGAAGGACCGAUCGCGUCACAUGACGAUAUAUGAACUUCCAAGUCACAAGGCCUUCACGGUCAUUGCACCAAACCCAAAGAAAAGACGCGAGAUACAGAAAAAGGCGGAGGCGGAGCUGGCGGCUCUGGAGGACCUGAGGCUGAGUCGCGCUAUGGGGUACGUGUCCAUCGCCCCCAGCACCGUGGGAGGGUGCUUAACUUUGGAAGAAGUUAGAAACAAGCAACAGGAAGAGAUGCAAAUGAGCCGGAAGGUAAAACAGGUGAAAAGAGGCCUGCCUGAGACUUCUGUCCCACAUAAAUGAAGCUUUGUCAUGUGCUCAC